GUUGAGGGAUCAUUAUAUAUAUACAUGUCCACAUUGUUUUCUAAAUCCAAACAAACCCUCUCAACCAAUUACACCUAUCAUUGAUAUAGUAAAGAAAAAUGAGUGUAGAAGUGAGGGAAUCAUGUAUGAUAUACCCAGCUAGCGAAACUCCAAGAAAAAUUCUUUGGAUGUCAAGAAUAGACAUGAUCAUUGGCACACCAUACUCCCAUCUGCCGGUUCUAUUUAUCUAUAAGCAUAACACCAAUUCCCCUAAUUUUUUUGACACAAAAAUCUUGAAAGAUGCUCUUAGUAAAGCAUUAGUUCCAUUCUACCCAAUUGCAGGAAGGUUAAUUUUUAACCAUGAAAAUGGUAGAUAUGAGAUUGAUUGUAACGCUAAAGGAGUAACAUUCGUGGAAGUUGAAACAACUUAUUGUCUUGAUGAUCUUGGAGAUUGUAUGGAACAUGAUUCGGAGGUAAGAAACAUUAUAUUUCCGGCAUGUGACUACACCCAAGAACUCUCGUCAAUGCCUUUGUUGUUAGUGCAAUUGACACGUUUUAAAUGUGGGAGUGUAUGUAUUGGGUUAUCCCAACAUCAUCAUAUAGCUGAUGGAGCUGGUUAUUUACACUUCAUCAACUCAUGGGCAAGACUAGCCAAUGGGCGGCUUGACGGUCUUAUUCAGCCUAUUCAUGAUAGGGCUUACUAUGUCGGUCCGCGUGAACCGCCAUGUGUUCGGUUUCGACACUUAAUGUAUGAGCCACCCUUGCCACCCUUGCCACCCAAGGGCUUUUCAGCCAUAGAUGAAAGGGGUACAAAAGAAGGUACGUUCAAACUUUCAAAAGAGCAAAUGGAGAGCUUAAAAAAGCAAGCAGUAUCCAAAGAAGGGGAAACGUUAACCACAUUUGCUGUGCAAGCUGGACACUUGUGGCGCGCCGUAUGUAAGGCACGUGGCUUAGCAGAUGAUCAAGACGUGAAACUGUACAUACCUAUUAAUGGACGUUCAAGAUUGAAAGAUAGAGAACACACACAAGGUUAUUUUGGGAAUCUCUUAUUUCAUGCAACUUGUUUAGAAAAGGCAGGAGAUAUCACAAGCAAACCCCUUUCAUAUGCUGCCACUAAAAUUCAAAAGGCAAUUCAAAGAAUGGAUGUUGAGUUUUUGAGAUCAGCCAUUGAUUUUGUGGAAUCACACCCAGAUCUGACGGCUAUUGUUCGUGGACCGUACACUUUUUCAUCCCCAAAUCUGUUCUUGAAUUCUUGGACAAGAUUACCUAUACAUACAGUAGAUUUUGGAUGGGGUACACCUUAUUUUAUGGGCAUUAAUGGAAUUAAAGGUGAGGGCCUUGGUUUUAUAAAACCUAAUUCUGAUGGGGAUGGUACCUUUUUCAUACAUAUCAAACUUUUUGCUCCACAUAUGGAGCUUUUCCGACGAUACCUUUACGAAUUUUAAUACUCCUGCCGGGUAAUGAUAUACUCCUUCUCUCCCAUAUAAUUUGUAGCAUUUUUUAUUGUUCGUCCCUCUUAAUUUAUAUCACUUCUGUUGUUGGACUAUGGUUUACUAUUUCCUUCUAAUCUUAUCUAUAUAUUUUAACUA